CAAUGAAGAAGUACGUCUAAUAUAAUGAUGCCAGAAAUCAUAUUUACCUUCAAACUUUAUUCCACAGUUCCAAUCCAAACAAAAAUCGUACUACUAUCUCCUUGACUUUCGGACCCCACAUUUCGUUUCCGUGUGUUUUGUGCAGUCUCUCUCUCUCUCUCUAUAUUCAGUAGAGAGGUGUGAGAGAGAGUGAGAGGUGUUUCGAGAAUGAAAAUUGGCUGCAAUGUUGUGAAAGACUGAAAGAAAGAAAAGGAGAGUAGGUGAGGUUUCUUUGGGAUCUUUUAGCAUUUGGGUACCUUCUGUCUCUUCAUAGUCUUUAGUCAGUUUAAUAUGAUAGCGUUGGUGCAUUUUCUCCCACAAGAUUUUUGCUAUAUUGGGUAUACAUUGAUAAAGUCUUAGGUGUUGCUUGAAUCACACUUUGUUUCCAUAAAAUUUUAAUAGAUUAUCGUUUACUUCUGAGUUUUCUCAACUGGGAUUUUGCUCAAGCACUUCGUGAUCUGGGCUUUGCUUUUGGAACUCAUAUCUCAUCUGGGUUUUGCAUGUAGAAGUUACUGGUAAUAUGGGUUAUGCCCAAAAUCUGUUUGGUCAUCUGGGUUUUUUUGUUGCUGGGGUCGAGCUCUAUGAACUCGGAGUGGGGUCUGGUUGGUAAAGUUUAGUGAUUUAAAAACUUUCUUCAAUUUCAAGUUUUGAAACCUGGGUUGGCGAAAGACUGGAAAUUGGUCACUGUUUUUGGCUUUUAGACAUAGACCUAUGUGGAUUUUGUGAAAAUUUUCAUGAGUGAUUUUGAUAUAUGAGAGAUAUCUAGCUAGAGCAUUUCAUCAGUAUAUUUGAUUAAUGACUAGAUGGCAACCACAUCACCAUCACCAGGUUCAUCUCCCUCAGCUGUGCCACCAUCUACUACUACAACUACAACUUCACCAUCCAAUUCACCACCACCACCACCACCACAGCCAUCCCCCAUCACCAGUCCACCACCACAAACCUCGUCUCCCCCUCCUAUAAUUUCCCAAUCUCCUAAGACCAGUGCUACUGAAAUUCCUCCAACUUCAUCCCCACCACCUCAAUCCCCUCCUGCUGUUCCAACAGCUCCUCCUCCGGCUCCAUCCUCCCUACCACCCAUUCCUCCUUUGGGAACUUCACCACCAGUGUCACCUCCUCCUCCUCCUCCUCCAUCCAAACCACCUACAUCACCACCACCUCUAUCAUCCAAUGUUCCUCCUCCGCCGCCCUCUAAUUCUCCUCCUCCACCAUCAAAUCCAACAAAAGGCUCACCGCCUCCUUCUCCACCACCUAGUCCACCACUGAACUCACCUACACCUAAGAAUUCACCUCCACCACCACCGCCUAAGUCCCCUGAAAGUCCACCACCGCCACCAACUAAUCCGCCUGAAAGUCCACCCCCAACACCAGCACUGGCACCACCCCAAAGUUCACCUCCACCACCGUUACCAAAGUCUCCUAAAAGUCCACCGCCACCACCAUCUAAGACACCUGGAAAAUCACCCUCUCCACCCCAAAGUUCACCUCCACCACCAGCAUCUUCACCACACCAAAGUUCACCUCCACCAUUAGCACCAACCCCUCCUGAAAAAUUACCUCCACCACCAGCAUCUUUACCACACCAAAGUUCACCUCCACCAUUAGCACCAACCCCUCCUGAAAAUUUACCUCCACCACCACCAUCACUUUCUCCCAAGAAUGCAUCUUUACCUCCUAAGAGUACCCCACCUGUUUCUAAAUCAGUACCACCUUCUAAUUCUCCUCCAAAGUCAUCAUCUCCAGCACCCAUCUCGGCACCACUUCCACCAUCUCCUGCGAGCAAUACUAUUAGUCCUAGUACACCUGAAAGCUCAAGCUCCACUGGUAGUGGGGCGAUUGGUACUGCAGCUGUGAUAGCUAUUGUUGUAGUGACAGUAGUCAUACUGCUUAGCCUCAUUGGAGUUGCUGUUUGGUGCAUGAGGAAGCGAAGAAAAAAAUAUUCUGGACUUGGUGGUUAUGUCAUGCCGUCCCCUUAUGCCUCUUCCCCAAAAUCAGAUUCAUCCAUUACAAAGACGAAUUCCUCUGCUCCCCUUGUUCAUAAUGGUUCUGGAAGCAAUCUUGUGUAUUCUCCACCAGAACCAGGUGGAUUAGGCAAUUCAAGGUCAUGGUUUACAUAUGAAGAACUAGUCAAAGCCACAAAUAGGUUUUCAGAUGAGAAUCUUCUGGGUGAAGGUGGAUUUGGUUCGGUGUAUAAGGGAUACCUACCAGAUGGAAGAGAGGUAGCAGUAAAGCAGCUAAAAAUUGGUGGUGGUCAGGGUGAGCGAGAAUUUAAAGCUGAAGUUGAGAUUAUUAGUCGCAUACACCACCGGCAUUUGGUUUCAUUAGUGGGCUACUGCAUUUCUGAUAACCGAAGGCUGCUUGUCUAUGACUAUGUCCCUAACAAUACCCUGUAUUUCCAUCUUCAUGGUGAAGGUAGGCCAGUUCUGGACUGGGCAACACGUGUUAAGGUUGCUGCUGGUGCAGCUCGUGGAUUGGCUUAUCUCCAUGAAGACUGCCAUCCUCGAAUUAUUCACAGGGAUAUCAAGUCUUCGAACAUUCUUUUAGACAGCAACUUUGAAGCUCGGGUUUCAGACUUCGGACUAGCAAAAUUAGCUCUUGAUGCAAAUACACAUAUAACCACACGUGUUAUGGGAACUUUUGGAUAUAUGGCUCCUGAAUAUGCAUCAAGUGGCAAAUUGACUGAUAAAUCUGAUGUAUACUCCUUUGGAGUGGUGCUUCUGGAACUAAUUACUGGAAGGAAGCCUGUGGAUACAUCCCAACCCUUGGGAGAUGAGAGUCUAGUUGAAUGGGCUCGACCUUUGCUGAGUAGUGCACUUGACAAUGAAGAAUUCAUAGAUUUGGCAGAUCCAAGGCUUGAAAUGAACUAUGUUGAGAGUGAAAUGUUCCAUAUGAUUCAGGUAUCUGCUGCUUGUGUGCGACAUUCAGCUGCCAAGAGGCCACGAAUGGGACAGGUUGUUAGAGCUUUUGAUGGUUUAGCUACUUCUGAUCUAACCAAUGGAAUGAGAGUGGGAGAAAGCGAGGUAUUUAACUCUGCACAACAGUCUGCAGAAAUCAGAUUGUUUCGGAGAAUGGCAUUUGGUAGUCAAGAAUACAGUACAGAUUUUUUUAGCCAGAUUAGCUUGAAUAGUCAAGAGGCCAUGGUAAAAACUGGGAGGGAAGAUUUAAUAUGAACCAGGAGGGUUUUCCAAGCAGAGUUGGAGCCUGUUCAAGUUAAUUUAAUUACAGAGUUUGGCCCAGCUGAGAUUUACUUAUAUGUGUCUGUUUAUCAAAGAGGUCACAUCAGCCUGAGAGAUUGAAGUACAAACCCUUGAUUUUGUAACUAGGUUCCAUUUUAGCUCCACAGAUGCUUUUGGUGCUUUUGUACUAAAAAAAUUUUGGUUCCUGUAAUUAGCAAAAGAAAUAUUUGUUUCCACCAAUAUAAAUGGUGGUGUUAAUAAAAGCUAUUUUUCAGUUCUGUUACAAA